GUCAACGUUAACGUGGCAUCUAACAUGGAAUUUUAAUAUUAAUUUUUAAGUUACCUUUACAUCUAAUAACAAAUUUAAAUAAAAAAUUACAAAAUAAAAACUCCUCCACUCGGCUCACCCGGUCCUCUUGCCCCGACUCACCCAGUCAAUCCUCCUCCUCCGACGAUGAUGAUUCCUCCCUGCUGGUCCUCGACAUCGUGCCGCUCGUAACGCGAUCAGCCCAUAGUCGCACAUCUAGCUCAUGAUUCGCUGGAUCCCGGAGCAUUGCCUUCCUACCCCCGACGAGAUCCGCGCCGCCACGCCCGCGCGGAGGGGAAAGUUCAGAGGAAGGGGCUUCAGCUUCGGUGAAGCUAAGCAUGGUAGGUGGGAGAGCGGUGGUUUUCGCACUGAAAACAAAGACCCACCAACGCAGUCGAUUUGGAAUGGAGCUCGAGAGAGAAGUUUCCCUUUCAAAGUGAAAUUGAAACCCACCAGCUGCUUCUUCGAUUGAGUCAUUGGAUUUGGGGGUUUUCUUGAUUUCAAUGGAGUGGAGUCAGGAGUCCGGCUUGGUGGCUCUUUUUUUAGAGACAGAGGCGAACCGGUAUAACUCAUCGUUGUCGAUGGAGCAGAAGUGGCCAAUCCCAUUCCGGAAUUCUACCUUCCGGAAUUUCAUCCUCCGAUUCCGCUUCAACAAUUACCAAUCCCAUUCCGCCCUCCCGCCUUCUUCUUCUUUCCUUUCCCCUGAUUUUUCUUCGAGUCAAGAAAAUCCAGAGAAUAGCGGUGGCUCUGCGAGGAGCGCGUCGAGUGCGACUUUGAUCGUACAAGAGGAGACAAUGGACGACUAGGCGGCGACGGCUGCAGAAAGCUUAUCUACUCUCAUUUUCCUCUCUUAUUUCCCUAUGUUCUUCCUCUUUCCCAGAACGCUGCAGAGAAACAAAUGCGGCCAACAUCUUUUUCUAUGUUGGGAAAAUGUUUGAGAGAGAAGCGAGUAGUGAGAGAAGAACAAAGACUAUAUUUUCUU